UACCCCAUAAUUGACACUUAGGUUUAAGGUCGUUUCGGAGUAGUGCUAAGAAAAAAACAUAACACUUCGAAAAAAUAUUGCGAGAAACUUCCCAUAUGUAUAAGUAAAUGAUAGCGACAAUGUUAUAUUCCCUUAAGAUGACCUUAAUAAUGUAUAUGAUUUGUUAAAUGAUUUAUAGUAAAGCUCGCUUGUGUAAGGAGUGAUAUUCGCUGAAAUACUCGCCGAGAUAUGUAGUAUUUAAACUGGCUGAAUUCUCUGAUUGCAAAAUUUCUUUUCAAAACUAUAGCCAUAUUAUAAUCAUACACUACUGAUAAUGACACCUAGUAAGACCAAUGUUAAUGAAUUAGCCGAACAAUUCAACUUAGAUGAUAGAUUCAUCGACAUUAAGAAGAAUUUAAUCAAGCCAGAAAAUAUCGAAAAGGUUACUGCUAGUUGGAAUCGAUUAUUGGCUGCAAUCAAGGUUCAUUUUAAAUUAAUUGCUGAAACUGGACCUGAUUAUGUUCCAAAGGUUAAUUUCCAGGAAAUUGUGGAUAAUAAUUAUCAAUUACCUAAUGAUGUAGCUGCAAAAUUCAAAGAAAGAGGAGCAAUUAUGAUUGAUGAUGUGGUUGAUAGAGAUCAAAUUGAUACUUGGUUUAACGAAUUAGUUCAAUUUUGUAAAGAUCAUCCAGAAACAGCAGGCUAUACUUAUCCAAACCCAACUGCUUGGUAUAAUAUCUUCUGGACCAAGCCUCAAACGGAAGCAAGAAGUCAUCCUAAUGUUCAAAAAGUUCUUAAUGCCAUGUCGAAAUUAUUUUAUGUUAAUGAUAAAUCCUUACCUAUAGAUCUUGAUAGUCAAGUUGUAUACGGUGAUAGAAUUAGAAUUCGUGAACCAGGAAAGAACGCUACUUUACCAUUACAUUUAGAUUCAAGUUCGAUUGAAAGAUGGGAAGAUAAUAAUUAUAGUAAAGUAUAUCAAGAGAUAUUUGAAGGAUGUUGGGAAGACUGGGAUCCAUUUAAAUUAGAUGAGAGAGCCAAUGCUAUUGAAAAUUUAUAUGAUGAUCAUAACGUUCCUCAACCUACUAUUUGUUCAGCAUUUAGAACUUUACAAGGCUGGUUAGCUCUAAGUGAUAAUAAUUCAGGCGAAGGUACUUUAAGAGUAUUACCAAAUAUUAAAUUAACCAUGGCUUAUAUAAUGUUACGACCAUUCUUUUGGGAUGAUAGUAAUGAAGAAUACCAUAUUGAUUUAGAAACUCCAAAAUUUCCUGGUGCAGUACCAGGUACCGGUCAACUCUUCCUUAAUGAUGAUUGUUUCAAACAUUUAAAUCAAUUUGAAUCAGUAGUUAGUAUACCAAAUGUAAAAAAAGGUUCGUUUGUAUUCUGGCAUGCUGAUAUAGCUCAUGAAGUUGAUAAACACCAUAAUGGAAAUGGACCAUCCAGUGUAUUUUAUUAUGCUUUAACUCCAUUAUCAUUAGUUAAUAUCGAUACAUUAUUAGAAGAUAAAUAUGCCUUCUUAAAUAACAAAUCACCUAAGGAUUAUAGUUCUCAACUAAGUGAAAAAGAUCGAGCCGAUGAAUAUCAUGGAGCUGAUAUCAAACAUAUUUCGAAUGAAUCAGGAUUAAUCUCCAUGGGGUUAACACCAUUCAACAUAGAUGAAAAACAUCUAACAUCAGGUCAAAUUAAAGUUCGAAAACUUGCCAAUGAAGCAAUUACCAAUAAUAAAUUCAAUGCUCAUGAAUAUAUCAAAACUCAUAUUCAAUUUUAGACAGUCAAAUUAAUUCCAUAUCUAUUCUACGUCAAAAAUCUACAGAUCAGUCUUGUUUAAAUAAAUGUAA